UUUGAUAUCUCAAGAGAUAUUGCAACAGUAGCAAAGGAAGUUCAUGUAGCAGCAAAACUGAAUCCAGAUUUAAUGGGUAUGAAGUUGAAAAAUAAUGGCAAUAUAAGCUUUCAUACUAUGAUAAAAUGUGUAGAUAAAGAUGGCUUGGUUGCCUUUGAAGAUGGAUUCUCUAUACAUGCAGAUGCCAUAAUCCACUGCACAGGAUACAAGUAUCACCUUCCAUUCCUUGAAACCAAUGGAAUAGUAACCGUUGAUGAUAAUCGCGUUGGUCCACUAUACAAACAUGUCUUUCCUCCUGCAUUGGCUCCAUGGCUCUCUUUCAUUGGUUUACCCUAUAAGGAUGCUGUUUUUCAUGUAUCUGAGUUGCAAUCCAAAUGGGUUGCAAAGGUUUUAUCUGGUAAGGUUCACUUACCUACGGAAGAAGAGAUGACGGAAUCUGUUAAAGACUACUACAAACUCAUGGAGGAAAAUGGGUUGCCCAAGCGUUACACUCAUUCCCUUCGUCCAUUUCAGGUUGACUACAAGUACUGGCUAGUUGAACAAAUUGGGAUGCCUCCGUUGGUAGAUUGGAGUGAGAAUAUGUUUGCAGAGUGCUUUAAGAAUUUUCUCGAAAAUAACGAAAAAUUCAGAGAUGAAUGGGAUGAUGUUUAUUGGGAUGCCAUCAUUCAAAGUGCAUCAGCUUCCUAA